AUGAACUUCAACGUCUGGAACAUCAAGGAGAUGCUGAGCACACCGACAGCCCUCGGGCCCAAUAAGUUUUCAAUGAGGAGCAGCACUGCCAGUGACCACUCGAAUCUGAGUGAUUCUCAGCUGCUCUUUGGCUCCCAGUUCUGCCCGGAGAAUGCGCAGUCGGCAGCAGCACCACUGGAGCUGGGCACGCAGCUGGGACAGCAGAACUCCCAGGAUAGUGAGCCCAGUAUUUUUACAAAAUACCAGACAAAACCACAGUUAUUUGAUGAAGAAACAAGAGAAAAAGGUUCUCUUAAUUUUGGUGCAGGAAGACUAAAAAGUGUCUUGGAAAAUUUUGAAGCGAAUAAGAACAAAAUAAAGGACAAAUAUGACCGUGAAGUCCUAAGCACCUUUAUUUCCAGCAUCAAAGACAAGCUUCAAGAGCUGCCAGUGUGCUUCGAGAAGUUUGAAGAAAUGCUUGAUUCCAAACUCAAAUCCAGUUUGGUUGGCCUAGAACCCCUUUUCAAGACAUUGGAAGAUGCUCUUCAAAGUCACUGCAGCUUGGUGCUAAAAGCUUUGACAGAAAAAAGCCAAAUGGAGCAGGCACUGCUGGAGAUGGAGAGGAGACUUGCAGCCAAAGAUGCUGAGAUUUUGGAUAUGAAAUCCAGUAUGCAGCUGCUAAAGGAGGGUCUGGAGUCACUGCCAGCUCAGCUAAAUGACCAGUUCCUGAAAACGUGCAAAGAACUUGGCUUCCUGAAGCCGUGUAAUUCCUCAGCUGAGCAGCACAUGCUUUUGUCUAGUGCCAGCCUGCCCCUUCACACGACAGAUAAAUCUUUCCAGACCUCCCCUGGGCUGUGCCAGCACUGUGUCCUGAUGGGACAGCAACACAGAGCCUCCCCUGGAAGGAACCAGGUCACUGGAGAUGGCACAUCUAAGGGUGACCUAAACCCAGCCUCAGAAGACAAAGCCAGCCCCAUUGCUACAGCAGCCUGUGGCAGAGCAAACACCUUUUUGCAGGAGGUGAAAUGCAGCUUGGAGACACAGAGCUGUGCUGCACAUCCUUGCAUGUGCUGGGCUGGCGGACACUUUGUGGAGAGUAGUCAGAAGAAACAGUGUCCUGUACCACUGGAAGGGCCUCUACCAACCCCCCUGAGGAAGGCGUUCAGGAGAGGCACUCGAGGGUUUAAACCCCUGACACUAUCACAGCAGCAGCAGCCUCAAGCUUACCACCAUUCUACACAGAAAGCUACACCUGGGCAAAGACACAGCAGCUGGUCCACAAACCAUGAGGUGGAGAAGGCAGCUGUAGGGAACAAAACAAAACUGAGUCCAGGAAGGAUGUCCUGGAAAAAAGCAAUAAGGAGAAAGACAACGUACUCCAAUAAGGGGAAAGGCGAACGCUCUGAAUGUGCUGACAGUGGGCUGAAGCAGAGGAAGGCAACUGGGAUUAUUGACUUGGAAAGCUCCAGAAAAAAUACCCUUCACAGCUACUUGGUUGAUCUCAAUUCAGAAAACUCUGACCUGGUUUUUGCAGCUCCCCAUCAGCAGAUCCUCGGCAGUGCUCAGAUGGGGCUUACAAAGAAUUUCACACCAGUGCCACACUCUGAUAAAAGCCUGCAACAACCUGAAAGCAGAAGAAAGAGAAGUCUUGAAAUUAAAAAAACAAUUAAUGCUUCCAGUGUAAAAAGGUAUCUCUUGGAUUCCUCCCCCGAGGAGGAUGUACUUUCCCUGUGUAGCACAACAGGUGUAAAGCAAAUGAGCUACCUUAGCCUCCAAAGCCCCUCAAGCUCCAAGAAACCACAUCCUGUCAAUCCACUGGCUCAGCAGAAAACAGCUUGUUGCUCUUUACUGUUAGAUUGUGAUUCUUCUGAUUGA